AUGUUUAAGAAAGAUAUCCCACCUACCAACCGCUCAAAGGUCAAGUCCUCAGCGGCUCGUGCCUUGCGGCAAAAGCUCCUGGAUACUUAUCCCGGAUUCGAGCCUUACAUCGAAGAGAUCAUGCCCAAGAAAGCUUCAUUGGAAGCAGUCAAGCUCCCCGAACGCGCAACUCUCUACACGAUAGACUCCAACCCUCUCUUCUUCCAGCGCUUCGACGACCCCCCCGUCCCCCACCUCCGUCUCAUUCAUGCCUUUCCUAGCGCUCUACCUACCGUCCAGAUUGACCGCGGCGCGAUUCGCUUCGUCCUCUCCGGCGCAACCUUGAUGGCUCCCGGCUUGACAUCUCCCGGCGGUCGUCUACCGGACGCCGAACACGCGCUGGAAGCUGGACAGGUUGUGGCUGUAAAGGCAGAGGGGAAGGAAGAGGUUUGUCUUGUCGGUGCGUUGAAGGUUGGCACCGAGGAGAUCAAGAGUAAAGGGAAAGGCGUGGUUAUUGAUGAGGGUCAUUAUUUGGGAGAUGGGCUGUGGAAGCUGCACUUGGAUUAA